UUAGCAGAACUAAAAAGAAACACAAAAAACUCCAAUACAAUAUACCAUCAAAACUCUGGAUUGGUUUAAUUAUCAUACACUAACAAAAACCCACCAAGCAUCAACCACCAAAGACCCAAAAUAUUCCUCCUCUACAAACAAACCAUGGGAGAGAAAGAGAAGAAGAUCAGUAACAACAAGAAGAACAAGAAGCAAAAACACCAACACCCAAAUGACCAAACCACAAAAACAGCCUCAGAUUUCUCAUUCAAGCCAAGCUCUGAUGUCAAGGGCCUACGGUUUGGAGGCCAGUUCGUCGUCAAAUCCUUCACAAUCCGGCGAGCAAGGCCACUGGAGCUUUUCCAACUCCUUUCUUUCCCACCCAGCAAACCCAGCAACAAUAAGCUUCCGUUUCCUUCCACCACAGCUUUUCUCCCCACAAACUUCACAAUCUUAGCGCACCACGCCUGGCACACCCUCACAUUAGGCCUCGGCACCAAGACGUCCAAGGUGGUUCUCUUCGUUUUCGAAACAGAGGGCAUGAAGGCCGCCGUGGACCGCCUUUGGCCGCCGGAAAUCCCACUUGGGGAAGUGAACAAGCGGCUCAUCAGAGGGCUGAGUGGCUGUGAGAUGGCUCGAUUUAAAUUUAGAAAAGGGUGCAUUACUUUUUAUGUGUAUGCAGUUAGGCAAGUUGGAAACUUGGGUUUCUCAAGUGCUGAUGAUCUCAGAACAAUUUUGCAGUCUGUGGUGGCGCUUCAAGAUUUCUUGGAUCACACUGCUAUGCUUGCCAUGCCUAACCAGAGAUCCAUUAGCUAUGCAAAUGCUCAUCCUGUGGCCAUGGCUCACUAGGAAAUAUUUCAUAUUUUUAACUUUUUUUUCCACGAACAUUAUUAUCUUCUACUAGGGGUUUAAUUUGCUUAAUUGGGUUGUUGACCUUUUUUUUUUUGGGUUUUGUUAUUAUGAUGGGGAAAAUUGGUUUACUUGUGGAAGAUAUUAAUUUGUUUUUGUUUAAUUUUUUUGGAAGCAAAUUGUGUAUUUUAGUAUGAAUAAUUUGGAAUUCUGUUAUAUACAGUGAAUUGAGCUUCCCUAUAUGUUCA